UGUGUGUGAGCAGGGGCAGUUUAACUGCACCCAGGAGCGCUGUGAGGAGGUGAACCAGUGUCCAGGCUCUUUGGUCUACUCUCCACACUCCUGCCUCCUCACCUGCUCCAGCCUGGACCCUCCUGGCCAGCAGCAGGGGUCCAGUGUCGCAUUGACGGGCUGCAGACAGCCCCUCUCUGGCUGCGUCUGUCCCCAGGGAACUGUGCUACUAGGUGAUAAGUGUGUUCAGCCAGACGAGUGCCCAUGUCACCAUAAUGGUCAACUUUAUUACAACAACGACACCAUCACCAAAGAUUGCAACACUUGUGUGUGUAAGGAACGCCGCUGGCACUGCAGCCAGUCCGCCUGUGCCGGUGUGUGUGUGGCAACUGGUGACCCACACUAUGUGACAUUUGAUGGCCGCUGUUACUCCUUCCUGGGUGACUGUCAGUACGUGCUGGCGAGGGAGACCAGCGGUUUGUUCAGUGUGAUUGCAGAGAAUGUGCCAUGCGGCAGCACCGGGGUCACCUGCACAAAGUCAGUCACACUCAGCCUGGGAAAUACUGUCAUACAUCUGCUGAGAGGUAAAGCUGUGACAGUAAAUGGGAUGCCAGUUAGUCUACCAAAGUCUUAUAGUGGCAGUGGUCUGACUUUGGAAAGAGUUGGCUUGUUUGUCUCCCUCUCCUCCCGACUGGGGGUCACUCUGCUAUGGGAUGGAGGUAUGCGUGUGUAUGUGCGCCUGGCCGCCCACCUGCGGGGUCGGGUCAGUGGCCUGUGUGGUAACUUUGAUGGGGACACAGAGAAUGACUUUACUACGCGUCAGGGCAUCGUGGAGUCUACAGCCGAGCUGUUUGGUAACUCAUGGAAGGUCAGCCCCUCCUGCCCUGACGUCGCAGACCAGGACCUCAGAGACCCUUGUGCUCUGAACCCCCACAGAGUGACCUGGGCCAGGAAAAGGUGUGCAGUCCUGACUCAGGAGCUCUUCUCUAGGUGCCACCCUGAGGUGCCUUUCCAGCAGUAUUAUGACUGGUGUGUCUUUGAUGCUUGUGGCUGUGACUCAGGAGGGGACUGUGAGUGUCUCUGUACAGCCAUUUCUGCCUAUGCUGAAGAGUGCAACCAUAAAGGGGUCUACAUCCGCUGGAGGUCCCAGGAGCUCUGUCCUCUGCAGUGUGACAAUGGGAUGGUGUAUGAUCCGUGUGGUCCAGCCUGCUCUUCCUCAUGUCCCACUGUUCAGCGGAGUCCUCACUCCCAGUGUGGCACUCUCUCCUGUGUGGAGGGGUGCUUCUGCCCUGCUGGCACGGUCCGACAUGGGGACAGCUGUGUAGUUCCUGUUCAGUGUCCAUGUGAGUGGGAGGGCUCCAUGUUUCCACCUGGAACUACCGUCACUCAACACUGUCAGAACUGUUCCUGUGAGGCUGGUGUGUGGCAGUGUAAGGGUGUGGCUUGCCCUCCUGUUCGCCCCCCCUGUCUGGAGUCAGAGUUUACCUGUGCUGGGGGGCGCUGCAUCCCCUCCCAGUGGGUGUGUGACAACGAGAAUGACUGUGGUGAUGGUUCGGAUGAGAUCUGCCUGUCCACCUACUGUGGUGUGGUGUGUGAUGAGGGGGAGUUUCUGUGUGCUGGAGGACGUUGCAUUCUCUACCUCCAUCGAUGUGACGGACACGAUGACUGUGGGGACCUCAGUGAUGAGAGGGGGUGUGUGUGUGCACCGGGGGAGUUUCAGUGCCCUGGGGACCAGUGUGUCCCUGCAAACAGAGUGUGUGACGGACACACAGACUGCCCCUCUGGAACCGACGAAGCUGUCUGUCCAAGUAAAGUGACCUGUGCUCCUGACCAGUUUGCCUGCAGUGACGGUACAUGUGUCACCACCACUAAGCUGUGUGAUGGAACAACAGACUGUCCAGGUGGAGAGGAUGAGAACAGAACCAACUGCCACACUGCAACACCGUCACCCUCACCUGUCACCAUGCCAACUUCAGCUUGUAGGUUCUAUGAGUUCAGCUGUGCCACUGGUGGGCAGUGUGUGCCUCAGGCCUGGCGCUGUGAUGGGGAAACAGACUGUAUGGAUGGCAGUGAUGAGCAGCAGUGUACUACACCCUGUGGCCCUGGCCAGGUGCCCUGUCUGAUUGGGGACCAAUGUGUGGACUACCAGCAGCUCUAUAAAACUGUCUCACCAGUGCCCCCUGGCAGAGAGAACACCACUCUUACCUGUCCUGAAUUCACCUGUAUGGAUGGAUCCUGUGUCCCCUUCAAAAUGGUGUGUAAUGGUGUAACAGACUGCCCUGAUUCCACAUUGGCUCCACUUGGAGGCCCCACUGAUGAGCAGGGCUGCAGAAGCUGGAGCUCCUGGGGUCCGUGGAGCCCCUGCACCGCCUCCUGUGGGACAGGGUCCAUGAGCCGGCAGAGAACCUGUCCUGAAGGAGACCCACUGCGCCAGUGUCGGGGGCAGGACCUCCAGAGGCAGCAAUGCUUCAACUCCACCUGCCCUGUGGAUGGUCGGUGGUUGCCGUGGGGGAGCUGGUCUAACUGUUCCAGCUGUGGUGGAGUGCAGGUCCGACACAGAGGCUGCGUCUCUCCUCGCUACGGAGGCAGAGACUGUUCCCAGCUCCCUGGAUUCAACCUACCCAUGGAAAUCAAACCUUGUCCUGAUGAUGGCUGUGCAAACACCAGCUGUCCCACUGGGCUGGUGAGACACAGCUGUGCCCCUUGCCCAGUGUCCUGUGCACACAUCAGCAGUGGGACCACCUGUGAUUCAAUAGCACCCUGCUCCCCUGGUUGUUGGUGUCCAGAUGGCCAGGUGAUGAGCCAUAAGCAACAGUGCGUGCUACCAGAGGAGUGUGUGUGUGAAGUGGCAGGUUUGCGCUACUGGCCGGGCCAGCAGAUAAAAUUGGACUGUGAGAUCUGUGUUUGUGAGAGGGGAAGGCCCCAAAGAUGCCAGUCUAACCAAGACUGUUCAGUGCACUGUGGCUGGUCCUCCUGGUCUGAGUGGGGGGAGUGUUUGGGGCCCUGUGGGGUUCAGAGUGUCCAGUGGUCGUUCCGCAGCCCAAACAACCCCAUCAAGCAUGGAGACGGGAGAACGUGUAGAGGAAUUUACCGGAAAGCCCGCCGGUGCCAGACAGACCCCUGUGAUGAUUGUGAGUACCAGGGUCAGUCUCACGCUGUGGGAGACAGAUGGAGGUCAGACCCCUGCCAGUUAUGUCACUGUCUGCCCAACCUAACAGUGCAGUGUUCCCCCUACUGUCCUCACGCUGUCAGUGGAUGUCCACAGGGCCAGGAUCUGGUGCCUGGAGAGGGAGACAGGUGUUGCUACUGCCAAGGAGGAAAUGACACCAUCACUGUGACAAUAAGUCCAGUCACUGUGACCUCCAAGCCAGCAGAGGGCACUACACCUCUGAUUCCAACAUAUCCACUUCCUCCUGGAGAUGAGUGUUGGUCUCCUCUGGGUGUUCAGACCCUCCCAGCCUCCAGUUUCAGAGCCUCGUCACAGCAGACUGGGCACCCGCCUGAGGCAGGCCGCCUCCAUUGUCCAGAACCAGAGGAGUAUAAGGACCUACCACAGCGGAGGCCUGAAGGACACGCCAGCACCACACAGAGCCCGUACCUACAGAUAGACCUGCUGAAAUCAUACAACAUCACCGGUGUGCUAACCCAGGGUGGUGGUGUAUUUGGCACAUUUGUCUCCAGCUUCUACCUCCAGUUUAGCCAGGACAGCAGACGGUGGUACACUUACAAAGAGCUUGUUACUAAUGCCCGUCCCAGAGCCAAGGUUUUCCAUGGUAACCAUGAUGACCGCGGGGUGGCAGAGAGCCGGCUGGACAGGAUGGUGUCGGCUCAGUUUGUCCGGUUGCUGCCACACGACUUCCAGAACGGCAUCUACCUUCGCCUUGAGAUCAUGGGCUGCGGAGAUACAGGUGGCUGCAGAAAAAAAGAGUUCCAGUGUAAAAACGGUCGCUGUGUGCCAGCAGGUCCACUGGGAGUGGUCUGUGAUGGAGUCAAUGACUGUGGGGAUGGAUCAGAUGAGCUAUACUGUGGCAUUAUUUUCAUAGUGUAUCUUUUGGACUAUUUUCCUUAUCAAUGUAUGUUUUUGGAUUCCUCUUCCUCAGGCACGGCUCCAACCAAAGGCUCUCCAGGGUUGCAAAACCAGACCAGCUCCUCGGGGGGACCAGGUUUCCAUGGUGACAGUACAACAGGUGCCCCAGGCCUCCAUACCACCUGGUCCCAAGGUGGCAUUCCUGGUGUUGAAAGCCCUGGGGUCACAACAACUCCAAGUACAGGUCACCCUGGACUGCAUCUCACCACAAGCUCUUCUGGAAAACCUGGGUUGCAAACCACAACAAGUGAGACACCAGCCUCAUGGAACGCUACAACCCCCGAUGAUGAUGGUAAACCCAGGGUGCUUUGCAUCGAAGGCCAGUUUGUGUGCCGGUCCUUUGGCUGUGUCGACUCGGCACAGGUGUGUGACGGCAGACAGGACUGUUUGGACGGGUCGGAUGAAGAACGCUGCACAACAGCCAGACCUGCAGUGAACACAUGGGCCCCCCAAGUGCCGAGCCCCUGCUCACACAAACAAUUCUCUUGCAACAGUGGGGAAUGUGUUCACCUGGACCGCAGAUGUGACCUGCAGAAGGACUGUGUGGAUGGAUCAGAUGAGAAAGACUGUGUGGACUGCAUCAUGUCCCCGUGGACAGCAUGGAGUGUGUGCAGUGUGUCCUGUGGUCUGGGCUCCUUGUUCAGGCAGAGGGACAUUCUGAGGGAGGCUCUGCCAGGAGGGGCCUGUGGUGGAGCUCAGUUUGAUGGUCGAGCCUGUUUCCCUCGAGCAUGUCCAGUUGAUGGUCACUGGGCAGAGUGGAGCGAGUGGUCCGAGUGUGACGCUCAGUGUGGAGGGGGUGUCAGGCAGAGGAACAGAAGCUGCUCCGAUCCUCCUCCGAAGAACGGUGGGCGGGACUGUGGGGGCAUGACCCUGCAAAGCCAGAGCUGCAACAGCCAGCCCUGCACCAAAGACAUCGGAACACAGACAGGCUGUGUGGAGGGGAUGGUGCUGGUGACAGAGGCUGACUGCCAGGCUGGACGGGUGGAGCCCUGUCCUCCUACCUGCUCACAUCUCAGCUCGUCCAGCAACUGCACUGCAGCAUGUGUACCUGGGUGUCGCUGUCCUAAUGAUCGGUACCUUCAGGGUGGGCGUUGUGUAAAUUCCAGCCAAUGUGUGUGUCUGUGGCACGGUCACACACUCCAGCCAGGACAGACCGUCAACAGGGACCAGUGCACCGCAUGCGUGUGCAUAGACGGACAAGUAACCUGUGACAGUUCCCUCUGUGUGGCGGCCUGUCAUUGGUCAGCCUGGUCGUCGUGGUCACCGUGUGAUGUAACCUGUGGUCUGGGACUCCAGCAACGCUACAGGUCUCCAGUGAACCCAGCUGGAGCAGUCAGAGUCGAACCGUGUCCCGGAGACUCCUCUGAGGUCCGCCGCUGCUCCCCCCCCUGCCUGAUACCAGAUGGAGUCUGGAGUAAAUGGACCAGCUGGUCAGAGUGCAGUAAGACAUGUUUCAACCAUGUAGAUGAUGUCGGAAUCAGACGGCGAUUCCGCAGCUGCAACCACACACUCACACACUUCAACAAUACACAUGCUGACUCUGCCUGCGAAGGAGACAGCGAGGAGCCAGAGCCUUGUAACACUGUACACUGUCCAGUGAACGGCGGCUGGUCAGCAUGGGCAUUGUGGUCUCAGUGUUCAUCAGAGUGUGACUCUGGCGUCCAAACGAGACAGAGAUCCUGCAGUUCACCCUCGCCACAGCAUGGGGGCAGCAGCUGCCCGGGGCCACACAUUCAGACAGGAGACUGCAACUCACACCCCUGCUCAGGUGUGUGUCCAGAGGGCAUGGUGAAUAUGACGUCAGCAGAGUGUGAGGCUCACGGCGGUGCGUGUCCACGGGUGUGUUUGGACAUGACCCCCGCAGAGGUGGAGUGUGCCACCGCCUGUUACGACGGUUGCUACUGCGCCCCGGGCUUCUACCUGCUCAACGGCAGCUGUGUGCCCCUGGCCCACUGCCCCUGCUACCACCAGGGGGGGACAUACCCAGCCGGGACUACCCUGCCUGUAGAUGCCUGCAAUAACUGUACCUGCACGAAUGGGGAAAUGGUGUGCGGAGCAGCUUCCUGUCCUGUGGACUGUGGCUGGAGCGACUGGACCCAGUGGAGCGCUUGCAGUCGAACAUGUGAUGUCGGGGUGAGAAGGCGUUACCGUUCGGGAACCAAUCCUCCUGCAGCUUUCGGGGGUCGUCCUUGCAGAGGAGACAGAGUCGGAAUUGAUACCUGCAGCCUUGAACCAUGCUUCGGGGUUAAGGAGCCAUGGAGUGCGUGGUCGACGUGCUCGGUGACGUGUGGAGGAGGGUACAGGGCCCGGACCCGCGGGCCUAUCCGGAUCCACGGCACCUCUCAGCAGUUCAGCGCAUGUAACCUGCAGGCCUGUGGAGAGGACAGGGUGUGUCCUCCAGGCCAGCAGUGGAAGCAGUGUGUGAAGGGAGCUGUGUCUUGUACAGACCUCACAAUGGACCUCGGCAGGAACUGCACACCAGGCUGCCAGUGUCCACACGGAUCUGUCCAACAGGAUGGUGUGUGUGUUCGGGAGUCUAAAUGUCGCUGUGACUUGGAUGGAGAACAGUACCAUCCAGGAGAAACUGUGCCAUCAGACUGCAACAACUGUACUUGUGAAGCAGGGAGGCUGGUAAACUGCUCUCAAGUCAGAUGCAAUGUGGAUGGUCAGUGGUCAUCCUGGACCCCCUGGGGUCGGUGUUCGGUGUCGUGCGGAGCAGGUCUUCAGUCUCGCUACCGCUUCUGUUCCAGCCCCGAGCGCUCGGGCAGUGGUCUGCCAUGUCUGGGUCCUCACAGAGAGGACCAAGUCUGCCUCGCUGCUCCAUGUGACCGGGAUGGUGGGUGGGGUCGGUGGAGUAACUGGACGGAUUGUACCAAGUCAUGCGGUGGAGGGGUUCAAAGCCGGAGGAGAGAGUGUGACAGUCCCCGUCCUGAGGGGGAGGGGAACUACUGCGAGGGACUGGGGUCUGAAGUCAUAGCUUGUAACACUAGCCACUGUCCAGUGGCGCCAUGCUCUAAGGUCCCAGGCACAGCGUUCAGUAGCUGUGGCCCCUCCUGCCCUCGCUCCUGUGAUGACCUGGCUCACUGUGAGUGGCAAUGUGAGCCUGGGUGCUACUGUACAGAGGGAAAGAUCCUGUCUGCCAACGGUACAGUGUGUGUGGAGCGGGAAGACUGUCUCUGCAUAGACCUCAACACUGGACACAGGCUGGAACCAGGGGAGACCACUGAAGCCCCUGAUGGGUGUAACAACUGCACCUGUCAGGGUGGUCGGCUCAACUGCACCAGAUACCCCUGUCCAGUGUCAGGCGGCUGGUGUGAAUGGUCAGAGUGGACUCCGUGCUCAAGGACCUGUGGGGCGGAGUCUGUGUCUCGCUACAGGAGCUGCAGCUGUCCUGAGCCCAACGCUGGGGGAGUGGUCUGCUCUGGAGAACAGGAAAUACACAACGGGGUCGGAGUUCAAAUCCAGAGGCAGCCAUGCCCUGUCAUCACCUUCUGCCCAGUCCACGGCUCGUGGAGCCCCUGGUCACCCUGGUCAGAGUGUGAUGGAUGCGCUGGGUCGUCCGCUCGCACCAGGGACUGCAACAGUCCUCCCGCCAAGUUCGGUGGGCUCCCCUGUCUUGGGGAGAGCAGGCAGAGACGUGGUUGCUAUGACAACAUUACCAUCUGCUCUGACUGUGGUGGCGGUCAGGAAGAAUGGCCUUGUGGGAAGCCCUGUCCCCGCUCCUGUUCAGAUCUUCAUAGCGACACAGAGUGCUUGGACCCACCUGGGUGCACACAGACUUGCGGAUGUCCGGGUGACAUGCUCCUGCAGGAUGGAGUGUGUAUAGCCCGGGCGGAGUGUCGCUGCAAAUACCACAACAGCUCAGAUACAGGGAUGACAUUCAGCGGGCUAUAUUCCAGUAAUGCAUCAUGGGAAUGGCCUGGUGGAUCUGGUUGGCAGUUUGCAGAACCAGGAGACAGCAUCAUCAGUGACUGCAACAACUGUUCAUGCGAGUAUGGGGUGAUGCAGUGUCAAUCAGUCCCUGGCUGCUAUGUUGACGGUGACUCGGUGGGCCCGUGGCUGCCCUGGUCUCGGUGGUCUGCGUGUUCGGUCAGCUGUGGUGGAGGACAGCAGGCCCGCUCUCGCCUCUGCAGCUCUCCCCCCUGCAGCGGGCUCAGGCGCCAGAGCAAGACCUGCAACACCCAGGUUUGCCUCGAAGUGGGCUGCCCCCCUGGCAGGUUGUACAGAGAGUGUGAACGAGGGGAAGGCUGUCCGUUCAGCUGCGCUCACGUCAGCGGCAGGGAGGGAUGCUACUCCGAUGGCUGUGAGGAAGGCUGCCACUGCCCCCACCAGAGGUACCAACACCACGGUGUCUGCCUGCAGGAGUGUCCCUGUCUGGUGGACAAGGACCUCCUGGCCUCUCUGCAGAGUGUUUCUGUCACACCUGUCUCCUCUCUGCUCCUCCAUAACGUCACUGAGGGAGGGGAACUUCAGCCUGGGGACACACUGGUCCAUGACUGCAGCACCUGCGGCUGUGAACAUGGCAGGUGGAACUGUUCCUUGGAGCAUUGCCCAGUUGACGGCCGCCUGUCCCCCUGGGGCCCCUGGAGCCCCUGCUCGCUGUCCUGUGGAGGUCUGGGACUGAAGACCCGCUCCAAGACCUGCACCCAGCCUACCCCAGCCCACGGAGGGAGGGACUGCCAGGGUCCACGUCAGGAAACCACCUACUGCCAGGCCCCUGACUGCCCAGUUGUUGUUGGUCCGACUGAAGAACCGGUUUUACCAGGCCGAGGUCUUGGCCUGAAUGUCAGCGUACAACGGCGAGGUCUCGGCCGGGUGGUGUCGGUACAAAGGCCGAGGUCUCGGCAGGGUGUGUCGGUACAAAGGCCGAAGGUCUUGGCCUGGAAUGUCGGUACAAGGCAAAGGUCACGGCCGGUGUGUCGGUGCCAAAGGCCGGGGUCUUGGCUGACAUGUCGUACAAAGGCCGGGGUCAAAGGCCGGGAUCGUCGGUACCAGGCCGGGUCAAGGGCCGGGAUCGUCGGUACCAAGGCUGAGGUCAAAGCCGAUAUCCUGACCAGCAGGCAGUUUGGGCCGAGGCUCAUGACAGGCAUGCGUUGGAGCAGAAGGCCAACCGACAGGCAGGCUACGGUCGAGGGGCCACAGGACAACCGACAGGCAGGCUGCGGUCGAGGGGGCACAGGGCAACCCCAGGCGCGGCUGAUUGAGAGGACGGCCCCCAGACGUCUGGGAUCAGGACAGGGCGACCCCAAGACGGGUCGCGAGGGUACAGGUCAGGGCAAACCCUCCAGCGCGGCUGAUGAGAGGACGGCCCCAGGACCGGUUAGGAUACAGGACAAGGAGACCCCCAGGGCGGCUGUUGAGAAGCCGGCCCCCAGGACGGUUGGGGUGAACAGGACAAGGCAAACCUCCGGGGUCGGUAGUGGCAAGCGGCCCCCAGGACGGUUGAAGACCAGGAGAAGGUACCCCCCUAGGACGGCUUCGGACAGGGUGGCGAGGCCAAGGACAAAGCGCGCUGUGGCCCAAGACGGCCGAGGCCUCGGACAGCACCAGAAGCGGAGUUCGGGCCGAGGGGACUUCCGUCACCAGAGCGGGAGCUCGCGGCCGGGGUACUCUCGGCGCCAAGGAAGCGGGAGCUCGGGCCGGGGGACUCACGACACCGAAAGCGGGAGCUCCGGCCGGGGACUUUCUCGGCGCCAGAAGCGGGAGCCCGGGCCGGGACGGUCACGGAAGCGGGAGUACGAACCGGGGGACUUCAAGGCUGAGCGACACCGAGCGGGGUGGUUACCUGGAGACGAACGGGGGCCGCAGCAGGCGCUGGGGUGGAACCUAGACGGAACGGGGGCCCAACAUGGCGGCUCAGGGGGAAGAGCCAAAGACGGAAACCGGGGCCCGUGCUAUGAUGUCUUUUGUGAUAUGUUCCAAGAUGGAGACGAGGUCUGUGAGGGGACGGACUGUGCGGAGAGGAAUUGUUCGUGGAAGGAUUGGGGGGAGUGGAGCUCCUGUUCUCGGUCCUGCGGGGUGGGUCAGCAGCAGAAGAUCCGAACCUUCCUCAGCCCCCGCUCCAACGGCUCCUGGUGUGAAGACAUCCUGGGGGGCAACCUGGAGCAUCGCUUCUGUAACAUCAAGCCCUGCAGAGUUGAUGGAGGUUGGUCUCGCUGGAGUCCAUGGUCCCGCUGUGAUAAGCGCUGCGGGGGGGGGCGCUCCAUACGAACCCGCUCCUGCUCCAGCCCACCGCCCAAGAACGGGGGGAAGAAGUGUGAAGGAGAGAAGAACCAGGUCAAACCCUGCAACACCAAACCAUGCGAUGAGAAAGGAUGCCCGCCAGGCCAGGAGUUUGUAUCGUGUGCCAACCAGUGUCCACAGCGCUGCUCAGACCUCCAGCAGGGCAUCGAGUGCCAGGACAACACCGACUGUCAGCCUGGCUGCCGCUGCCCUAAAGGCCAGCUGCAGCAGGACGGGGUGUGUGUGCAGCUCUGGCAGUGUGACUGUACGGACUCACUGGGACAAAUCUGGGCAGCCGGCAGCGUGCAUCAGGUGGACUGUAACAACUGCAGCUGCUCUGACGGACAGCUCUUCUGCACCAAUCACAGCUGCCAGGCCUCCUGCACCUGGAGCUCCUGGUCCAGUUGGGCAUUGUGCAGCGUUUCCUGUGGGAAGGGCCAGAGAACCAGAUACAGGUCUCUGGUCCCGGAGACCGAAGGAGCAGAUUGCCAGUUUGAGGAAGUCCAGCAUAAAUCCUGCGACCCCGGACCUUGCCCGCCUCUCUGUCUCCAUGACGACCAGGAGCUUACAGUGGGAGACACUUGGCUGCAGGGCGAGUGUAAACAAUGCACAUGCACCCCAGAGGGAGAUUACUGCCAAGACAUUGAAUGCAGAGUGGACGGUGGUUGGACCCCGUGGUCAGUGUGGUCUGACUGCUCAGUGACCUGUGGACGAGGCACCCAGGUUCACACCCGCGCCUGCAUCAACCCCCCCCCACGAAACAACGGGUCUCACUGCAGCGGGCCAGAAAGAGAAACCCAGGACUGUCACACUCCUCCCUGUCUGGAUGAUCUUUGCCCCUGGUCGCCAUGGUCACCAUGUUCCCGGAGCUGUGGCGCAGGUUCGGUGUUGCGGCGCAGGGUGUGUGUGUGUGAGGAGGGAGGAGAUGCAGCGUGUCCCUCUGAGAUCGAGGCUGAGAGGAACAGAGAGGAAACCCAGCUGUGUUACAAACGGCCCUGUCCAGACUGUCCCAUGUCGGGGUGGAGUGUUUGGUCUCCGUGCUCCUGUCAGUCUCAGAGGCAGCAGCGCUACCGUGUAGCCCUCUCCCCGGCCACCAGGGGGCAACAGUGCACUCCUGUUGAAACCCAGAGCAGGACGUGCAGUCUCAGUCAGUGUGGAGAUUGUGAAGCCCCAUUUGAGUACUCCGCCUGUGGUGCUCCCUGUGAGAAGCAGUGUGUGCUGCAGGGCCGUGGAGAUCUCUGUUCAGGAGUCAGGGAGUGUACACCUGGCUGCUACUGCCCACAGGGCCUGCUGCAGCAGAAUGGUACCUGUGUUCCUCCAGAGGAGUGUGGCUGCAUCCACCUGCAGCACCAAGCCUCCGGACCACCCCCCACACCUGUCACCCUCCCCCAGGGGGCCAUGGUCACCAUAGGCUGCAGCCGGCAGCUGUUGGUGUUACAGGCAGUGUGCUGUUCUAGUGGUCCCACACAGGCCGUCCCACCAGGCUCCGGCUCUCUGAGGACCGUCUUGUUCCGUGAUGACAACCCCCCACCACAAGAGGUGCUGCACUCACUCCAGGAUGACCACUCGCCCAACAAACAUCCCACUGGAGGGAGAGAUGUCGGACACAGGCGGAGUAUUAACAGGAUACCUACGCUCCUGGUGACUCAUAUGACUCAAAGGACUCGUAUGAUCCGGAUGUCUUCAAUGACUGACUCAGAAGACCUUGAGUCCGUAAAAGGAUCCGGAUUUUCCAUCUCUAAGUCAAACCUGGACAUGAUGGCAGAUCACAGCUCUCCGUCUGCAUGGUGUUCCCACAGGAAGGACCGCCCUCUGUGUCCUGGCAAAGGCGUGUCCUGGUCAUCUGGCCCCGCCCACAGGAAGCUGAGCACGAGCUCCAUGGGCUCCAGGGCUCAUAAACCGGGCACUGGAGCUUAUGUGUGUCAAAGAGGACUUUUCAACUGUUCCUCUGAGAUCUGUGAUGUGUGUCCUGACGGGGAGCGAUGGAAGAGGAGUGAGUCGGAGGAGGUCCCGCUGUGUGAGAGGAGCUGCGAGGACAUUUACUCCUCCUCUCCGGUGAACUGCAGCCACUCAACCGAGGGCUGCGUGUGUGAGGACGGACUCUACAGAAACUCUGAGGGUGUGUGUGUCAUCCCAGCCCUCUGCCCCUGCCAUGACCAGGGCAUCAUGCGAGAGGCAGGAUCAGAGUGGGACGAAGGCUGUCUGUCGUGUCACUGUGUGAACGGGAAACAAGUGUGCCAGUUAAGAUGUCCGCCACUCUACUGUGAAGAGGGGGAGGUGAAGGUGGAGGAGCCAGGCAGCUGCUGUCCAGUGUGUAGAAAGCAGUUUCCAGACGAGCCCGUGCCAGAGUGUCGGCGCUACGUGCAGGUCAGGAACAUCACUAAGGGAGACUGUCGGCUUGACAACGUGGAGGUCAGCUUCUGCAGGGGACGCUGUCUGUCCAGGACUGAUGUCAUCCUGGAGGAGCCCUACCUCCAGUCGGUGUGUGAGUGCUGCAGUUACCGUCUGGACCCUGAGACCCCGGUGCGUUUCCUCAGCCUGCAGUGUGAGAGCGGAGAGAGCGAGCCCGUGGUCCUGCCCGUCAUCCACAGCUGCGAGUGCACCAGCUGCCAAGGAGGUGACCUGUCCAGACGCUGAGUGUGUUGAGUGUGUCUGUGAGAGUGUGAGUGUGUGUAUGCUUAAGAAAGAGCGAGAGCAGGACAAGUACAAAUGCCACGCCAAGUGAGAGCGGUUGCCGGGUGAUGGACGCAUCAUUUUGGGGCGGGACACAGCGAUGGAUGAGAGGAAACAUGGAGACCCGCUGAUGUUCACACUGUUCUGUAGUCCUGAGUCAUCAGAUGACUGGAUGCUACUGCUGAUCAUAGAGUUCCUGUUCCUGUUUAUUCUUCUACUUGUACAGCCUUUUUCUACUGUAUAUUUAUAGUAAUAUUAAUGGACCUAUGAUACACUCCAAGUAAGAACUAUUAUGCAAAAAACAAGUUUAAUUUGUAUGUAUAAAUAAGAUGUGCAUGUUCCAGCGGUCAGCAGCAGUUACUGAUACAUCAAUAAAACAUUUCUACA